AUGAAGCUGGCUAUAGCUUUCAUCGUUUUGUGUGUGGCAUUGUAUGCAGGGGCUGUCCCAGAAACACCGUCUGGAAGUGUGUUGGCCAGAUUAGAUUUUAUCGACAGUAAGUUGUUGGAUAUUCAAGUUGCACUGAAGAACCACCAUUUGGAAGUCAGCAGGAACAUCAGUGUUCUCCAGGAUCGCUCCAAAUCGAGCUCCCCGGAUUGUGCCACACCAACUGCGUCAUCACGCCAGCCGGAUACUACUACAACAAUAUCGAAGCCUUCGCAACCAGCAUCAUGCAAGGAAGUGUCGUCGAAUGUCUCGGGAGUGUAUGAGAUCCGCGUCAGUAACAGCAAUGCUUCAUUCGAAGUGUAUUGUGAUCAAAAAAAGUUUGGCGGUGGUUGGAUCGUAGUACAAUAUCGCUUCAAUGGUUCGAUUGAUUUUUAUCGGAAUUGGGAUGAAUACCGCGAUGGGUUUGGAAACCUGGACGGUGAAUUUUGGCUCGGGUUGGAAAAGAUGCAUCAGAUCACACGCUUACGCACUUAUGAAUUGAUAGUGGAGUUAAAAGACUUCAGCGGCAACUACGCGUAUGCACGUUAUAAUGCGUUUGAAAUAGGUAGCGAGGAUGAGCAAUAUAGACUCAAAACUCUGGGAUCAUAUAGUGGAACCGCCGGAGACUCAAUGACGGGGACCAACAAGCGAAUGAAAUUCUCAACCAAAGAUCGAGAAAAUGAUGUAACUGUUAGUGAUUGCGCUCGAAGCUUUCAAGGAGGAUGGUGGUACAACGGUUGUACAUAUGCGAAUUUGAACGGGCUGUACAUGAAUGUGGUUAAUUACAAGUCAAUGCAUUGGUAUUCUUUUAAAAAUGAUUAUCACGGCUUGAGCUUCUCCAGGAUGAUGAUCCGUGAAUUAUAACAUCACAAUCGCUUCGCAAUCGUC